AUGUGGGCAUACACGGUCGGUUUUACUGUCCUGCCUCAUGUUGGGGGAUUCCUUGGCUGGUUCAUCAAUCGCAAGGACAUGCCUGUGUGGUACGAGAGGCUGAAGAAACCCUCCUGGUGCCCAUCCCGCAAAAUAUUCCCUGUUGCUUGGACUGUCCUGUACACUGGCAUGGGCUAUGCCUCUUACCUGAUCUGGAAUGAUCUGGGUGGCUGCAACAGCAAAGCCAUYGUCCCGCUCGGCCUCUAUGGGGCUCAGCUGGCCUUGAACUGGGCUUGGCCUCCCUUCUUCUUCGGAAUACGUAACUUGAAGAUGGUAACGAGACUCGGCACUUCCACUUCUAUUUGGGGAAAGAUGGCAGAAAAGCAGGAGCCCAGCAAUGCCCAGAACGGAGAACCUGACAACGCAGAAGAGGGYGAGGACAAGAAGAAGAAGAAGGUGAAGCGGGAAGAUCUGCCACCAUUCGAAAUUGUGACAGGGGAGCGCCUCCCCGCUAUCUUUUUCAAAUUCCAGUUCAGGAACGUGGAGUACAGCUCAGGUAGGAACAAAACCUUCCUGUGUUACGUCCUGGAGACCCAAGGCAAAGAGUCAGCCACUUCUCGGGGUUAUCUGGAAGAUGAACACGCAGCAGCGCACGCAGAAAUUGCUUUCUUCAACACUAUCCUGCCCAAGUGCGACUCAAGCUCCCGCUACAACAUCACCUGGUACGUCUCGUCCAGUCCUUGCGUGGCCUGUGCCGACCGCAUCACCGAGACCCUGCGGAAGAACAAGAACCUGCGCCUGACCAUCAUGGUGGGACGCCUCUUCAUGUGGGAAGAGCCAGAAAUGCAGGCUGCCCUGAAAAAAAUGAAGGCAGCUGGCUGCAAGCUGAGGAUUAUGAAGCCUCAAGACUUUGAGUAUGUGUGGCAGAACUUUGUGGAACAGGAGGAAGGGCAGGAAGCGAAGGCUUUCGUGCCGUGGGAGGACAUUCAAGAGAACUUCCAGUAUUACGAGGAAAAGCUGGCUGAGAUUCUGCACUGAAGUUCACG